AGCAGAGUAUGUGUGGCUGCAUGCACAGCACCCAGGACCAAGCACUGCACUUGGAAGGGGAGCACAAUCCUUCUGCAGCCCCAACGUCCACUUUAGCACCUAAGAAAAUGCCCAAAAGCAUUUCAAUAUCCAAACAACUGGCUUCAAUAAAAGCUCUGAAGAAGGGCUCCGAUCUGGAAAAAGCCAUCGCUACUGCGGCUCUGAUUUUCAGAAACUCCUCUGACCCUGAUGGUAAACUUGGAAAAGCUACAGCCAAAAAUCUGCUACAAACCCAAUUUAGGAAUUUCACAGAGGGACAAGAAACCAAACCAAAAUACAAAGACCUUCUUUCUGAACUCGACGAACAUGUGGAAAAUAAGCUCGAUUUUGAGGAUUUCAUGAUUUUGGUCUUAAGCAUCACUGUAACAUCAGAUCUGCUACAAAAUAUAUGGAGUGUAAAAAUUAUGAAAUGAACAGAUUUAAGUACAUAGUUAGACAGAAUAUUAGCAAUAGACAGUGUUACAUGACUAAAGAUAUCUCCAUUUUAUUUUUAGUUAAACAUACUGAUGGCCAGACAUAGUUCUGAUUGCUAAUAUUCAGACCCCAUGUAACUCAGAAAGUACCUGCAUACUCUUCUGGAAUGUUUCAAUAAUAGUGUUUCUGGGUAUUUACAAUAUGAGAGAUGAUACCACUGAAUAUCAAACUGCUUGUGCUGAGUCCUUAGUGACUUAGAGACUUUCCUUAAAGUUACAGGGUCACCCAUUCAUCUACUGAACAAUAUUUGUUGAGCCUCUACUUGGCAGUACUGUUGAGGAUACAGUAGCGAACUAGUCAAUCUCUGCCCUUAGAAACACCUGUGGAAAGUCUAGCAGAAGAGAUGGACACUGCACAAUUUAUCAACCAAUUGCAUAUACAGUAUAACUGUGACUGUGAUAAAGGCAUCGGGAAGCUGAAAGAGCUGUCAUCUGUCCUGGGCCCAAAGGUCAGAGAAGCUUUACCGACAUUCUGCAGAAGACAAAACUGCAGGGGAAAAGGAGAGACAAAAAGUGGCCGUUAGUCUGCAUUCUCUCUCUCAGUGGUUGCCAGGGCUGUGGGUGAGAAGUGGAGUUGUGCACAAAUAGGCAUGAGAAAAUUUGGGGCGGGGGGUUGGUGGGUGGCAACAGUAUUCCAUAUCUUGAUUGUGGUGGUGGUUACAUGACUGUAUGCAUUUGUCAAACUCUAAAAGCUGUGCACUAAAAUGGGUGAGUUUUACUGUAUGCGAAUUAUACCUAUAUAAAACGACUGAAAACCCCAAACCCCAGUAUCCUUGUAAUCUCUGACUAUGGUUUAAGCAAUGAUUCCUUGAGAAUAUUAUCUAGAAGUGGAAACGUCCCACAGACCCAAAUCCCCUAGAGACUUUGAGACAGAUUUUCACAAAUACUUUUAUUCAUUGUAAAAUUUUUAUCACUCCUAAGUCCCCUCUCUUGUCUCCUCUUUUCUUCCCAGCCUCACAUACAUGUGGUAAGCAACCCUUCCAAGAGGCAGGCCUUCACUCCCAGUCAGUUGGAGUGUUAUCCCAUCCUGUAGGGCUCCAUAUUCCUCAGCACCCAACUCCUUGGCCUUCCCCACUCUCAAAAC